ACUCAAACGUCUCUGCUGUCAGCACUGUGGCAAAUCCUUCUCAACAUCUGGAUCUUUAAAGAUACAUCUGAUGCUUCACACUGGAGAGAAACCGUACAGCUGUGACCAGUGUGGGAAAACUUUCACUCGAGCAGGUCACCUACAAAGGCACCGACGUAUUCACACUGGAGAGAAACCGUACUGGUGUGAACAAUGUGGGAAAGUAUUCACUACAUCAUGUCAGCUAAAAGCACACCUACGUGUUCACACUGGAGAGAAACCGUACAGCUGUGACCAGUGUGGGAAGGCGUUCCUUACAUUAUGUCACCUAGAAUAUCACAAACGUGUUCACACUGGAGAGAAACCGUACUGUUGUGACCAGUGUGGGAAAACUUUCACUACAUCCAGUCACCUACAAAGGCACCGACGUAUUCACACUGGAGAGAAACCGUACUGGUGUGAACAAUGUGGGAAAGUAUUCACUACAUCAUGUCACCUAAAAGCACACCUACGUGUUCACACUGGAGAGAAACCGUACAGCUGUGACCAAUGUGUGAAGGCAUUCAUUACAUCAAGUGAACUAAAAAUCCACCUACGUGUUCACACUGGAGAGAAACCGUACUGGUGUGAACAAUGUGGGAAAAUGUUUUCUCAGAGCAGUUCCUUGGGAAUUCAUCAGAGAGUUCACACUGGAGAGAAACCGUACAGCUGUGACCAGUGUGGGAAAGCUUUCACUCAAUCGUCUAAACUAAAAAUCCAUGAACGUGUUCACACUGGAGAGAAACCGUACAGCUGUGACCAGUGUGGGAAGGCGUUCAUUACAUCAGGUGAACUAAAAAUCCACCUACGUGUUCACACUGGAGAGAAACCGUACAGCUGUGACCAGUGUGGGAAGGCGUUCAUUACAUUAUGUCACCUACAAACUCACAGACGUGUUCACACUGGAGAGAAACCAUACUGGUGUGAACAAUGUGGUAAAUUGUUUUCUCAGAGUAGUCACCUUAAAAUUCAUCUGAGACUUCACACUGGAGAGAAACCGUACAGCUGUGACCAGUGUGGGAAAACUUUCACUGCAUCAGGUGCCCUAAAAAAACACCAACGUGUUCACACUGGAGAGAAACCACACAGGUGUGAACAGUGUGGAAAAACUUUUGCUGCACUAGAUAACCUAAAAACCCACCACCGUGUUCACACUGGAGAGAAACCGUACUGGUGUGAACAGUGUGGAAAAACUUUUGCUGCAUCAGGUCAACUAAAAACCCACCAACGUGUUCAUAAUGAAAAGAGACCAUACUGGUGUGAACAGUGUGGAAAAACUUUCACUCAAUCAGGUCACUUAAAAAUCCACCAACGUGUUCACACUGGAGAGAAACCGUAUUGGUGUGAGCAGUGUGGAAAAACUUUCUUUAAAUCAGGUGCCCUAAAAAUCCACCAACGUGUUCACACUGGAGAGAAACCGUACUGGUGUGAACAGUGUGGAAAAACUUUCUCUAAAUCAGGUGACCUAAAAAUCCACAGACGUGUUCACACUGGAGAGAAACCGUACAGCUGUGGCCAAUGUGGUAAUUCUUAUACCAACAGGAGAACUCUUAGAAGACACAAAUGUAUCCACAAAGCGUCAGUGUGACAUUUUCCACAGAGCCGAGCUAGCUGUUUCCUCCUGCCCUGAAUACAACCAGCUGUUAUCAUGUGACUGUGCUGGACUAACGUCAUGUGAUGACAUCUGAGGAAGUUUGAUUUGGAAAGAGCUGGAAAGCGUCAGUCCGGAGGGUUUAUCAGCCAAUAACAAAAUUAAAUUGGAGUAUCCAGGUUUCAAC